UGACUAAAUCUUCAGAGAGGGCUCCCCAGGGGAUGAUUCACGGCCUCAUAGAAGAAGACUGGUCAUAUUGAAUCCGACUAAUGAUCAUCAUCUAGAAGGGCAAUAAACACUCACGGAAUAUACACUGGCCACAAACGAACAUAUAAAUCUCAACUCAAACCCGGCCUGAGAUCAUUAUGGGACCAGUAUCAACCGUAACCAGGACCUUUCAAAAAGUUAUAGAUCUUGUCGUCAAGCCCGAACAGCGUGACGAGGGUCGAGGACGAAGUCUCCAUCUCCCAUCGUCUACAAGCCGGACAGCCUCGCCACAGUCCCUGUUAAACUCCAGAAAGCGAAGUGGGACCAGGAGCUCCCCAGCCCUAACUCAUAACAGAGGCAGACAGGUUCACUUAUUAGCAAACUCACCCCCAGGUUAUGGGCGUAACAUAAUCCGUGUACCUCCGACCAGGCACCGUUGUGGUAGUGGUCAACAACGAUCUCUUCAGGAGUCUUUGAAUAACAAGGUGGACACUUCCAACCCACCACCUGUGCCUGCGAUGCCUCCUAAAUGGCAAGGCGUUAUCAAUGCAAUUCGAGGUGAGAGGAAGGGUGAACCUCGUACUGAGCACGAAGCAGAGGUUCGCCGUAAUUUUGAAAAGAUGAAGAAGAAACAAUGGAACGACCUGAGUCCAGAACAGCAAGCCAAGGAGACAAGAGACUACAUGAAAAAUCAAAAGAGAGUGAAAGCGUGGAUUCUUGAGAAGGACAUUACUCGGCAGACGAGGAAAGUUGAACGGGCCAACGAGGAGGCAGAGGAGAAGGUUAGAGAAGCUGCGAACGCAAAAAGGAGGCUUGAACGGCUCAAAAGAAGGCAAGGAGGACAAGAACUUGCUCCUAAAUAUUCUCCCAAGGUUGUUAAACGCGCUACAAAGUCAGAAGGAGCCAAAGAAGCGCCUAUUUCUGACGAAGAUCUAUCACUUGAUCAUACAGACUACAAGCUGGAAGGUUCAAACACAGAUAACAGUCCACACCAAACUGCUGGAUCUGGACAAGCUAAAAAAGCGCUUAGCUCUUCUAGACAGGUCAAGGAAUAUGGCGACAGCCAAAGUCGUCCGCAGUCAUGUAAGCGUAGCACUAUUCCAGUGUCUGCUCUCCCACCCAAAACAAAGAGUGCUGCGCCCCAACGUCCUUCUCAAAAUCCCCGAGGCAAUACUGACCCGAAUAUUGCUGUCAUAUCCAUGUUGGAGAGAGUUGGAUCUUGUCGACCGUACCAAGAUAUAGAGGUCAGGACAGCACCUGGCCGCCCUGCGCAUUCAGAAGCACCGGCAAGCACGCAACAGAGAAGUCAACCUGGUGCGUACAGUGGUGUACCAGCUUCUACGAGGGAAUCAAGCGGUGGGAGUGGUGCGCAGUUACCAGCCCGUGCUGUUGGCGGACGAGGCACGAUACAGCAAAUAUUACAACCCAGCCAACCACGACAGGGCAGAAAUUCCAAUGAAGUUGAGCCGAUCUCCUACAGGAGACCAGCUCUCGGACAAACACGGGUUGCCAGGGAGGGACAAAGCAGGUUAAAUGAAGGAUCCGAAGCAGCGACCAGAACACCGAACUCAGGUCAGCGGCUACAGACUGCUCGAAGCACCAAGGCUGGUGAGAGCGGAGAUCAGGAACCAAAAUCUCGGCUCGAGAAGGAAAGUGAACUGGCCCGGACAUAUCGAGCCACACUUGCUGCAUUGGCCGAAACAAAUCUCAAAAAUGCCAGUGAUCAAUUCGUAGUUGAGGCUGCAUCGGCGUUCGCAGUAGACACGGAACUUGACAGAGGCCCAGGCGACAAUUGGAGGACUGUUAUUGAAGGAUUAGUUCCUAUGACGCCUUCUGAAAUUGUAGAAGAGGAUAAGAAGCGAAUGGAUGCCGCAAGAGAGGCACUGGAGGAGGCAGAGAGGGGGGAACAAGGAAAAUUGCUUGUGACUCAAUUCAACAGGGGAGCGGGAGACAACAUGAGGACAAACCUCGAGGGAAUGACGCCAAUGACCUCAGAAGACCUUAGGGCAGAAGAAAAAAACUGGAAAUCGCGAAAGAGGCAGCAGCUAGAAGCCGAGGAGGUGGCUAGGCAAGCUAAGUUGAUGCAAACGGAAUUCAACAGGGAAUUGGGGAAUAUGAAGAGGCAUGAUUUCCAACAUUCUGAAUUACUUGCUAUCAAAGCUGAUGGGGACGUAGAACUAACCUGGAAGGAAUGGUACCCAUGACCUCCGAAGAAUUGAAGCAAGAAGCAAGGGAAGCAUUGGAGGGAGAGGAAAGGCGACUGCAAGAUGAGUUAUUGAGAACGCGGUUCAAUAGGGGACCCGGAGACAACAUGAGGUAUGUGCAAGCGGGAGGAUCCUGUGUUCUUGAGAAGCCUUCCCACCAGCGAUACUGUACAACCAUGAGGCAAAAUAACUAACGAUAGCGGUACCAGAACCGUUCUCGAAGGGAUGGUAUCAAAAUCCCGGAGUCGAUAACCGUUGUGGAAAUUCGAAAGUAGAGUAAGUCCAGUCGCAGUGGAAAAGUGCCGGUACCUACAGGUACGGAAGGGGGAGGACAGUGGGUCUCGUCCACCCCCCUGAUUCUACCGGUAUUCUACGCUUAAUUUAGAAACUAUCUACUAUCCUAA